ACAGAGGUGCGAGCACCUGCAUACACCAUUCAUACUUCGUUACAUUUGGCUGAUUACCUUUACCAAACAGCGUGAAUGUGUAAUGUCGGAUACAGAGGGCUGUACAGAAUAGAGUCUGGGCCAGAAAAUCAGGUGAUUGAUGAAACAAGCAACAAAGGACCACGUGAUCAACCAAGGCCAGGCACGGGUUUGCACGGGCUGCUGUGGGCCUAUUCUACACUGGAACCACCAAGGGGACGCCCAGAACAUAGAUUCUACAGAAUAGGGAGAGUUAACUUGACUUCCGGAACAAACAACCACCAGCAUGGGUUUCACGAAGAAGAAAAUCAAAGCGCCAAAGAAUCGAAAAACUAAGCACUUUCUAGUAUUUGACGAAAAGGCAAGGGCAGACUACCUGACAGGAUUCAGAAAGAGGAAAGCUGAGAGAAAGAAAUAUUAUGAAGAGAAAGUGAAGAAAAGGAUGGUAGAAGAAAGGAAGGCACUCAGGAAGCAGACACGAGAGAUUAUGAAGAAGCGGAUGAAUCAGCAGCAGGUGUUCACUGUGCCAGAGGUGGAGCACUUGGUGGACGCCACAGAGUUUGAUCUCCCCAACCACACAGUCACCAUCACAGACAUCGCUGAUGUCGACUUUUCCUCAGAGGGUGGACUUCGUCUUGGACAGAAUAUGGCUGCAGAUGAUAUUGAUGAAGAUGAAGAAACAGAAACAAAACAACCUGACAUAAAGAAGAUGGAUAAAAGUCUGGCUCGUCUCAAAAAGAAACUUCAAAAGUGUGGGAAUGCUGAUAAGAAAAAGAAAAGAUCUGGAAGCUCCAAAAUGAAGUCAAAAGGUGUUAAGCCCAAAGGAAAGAACAAAUCUAAAAAGAAACCAAAACGGAAAAAGUGAACUUGUAAAUUAUGUAGAUAAAAACUUCCAUUUUC